UGUCUAAAAUUCUUAACUUCUAACAAACUUAAAACCUUCCUUUAGUAUAAAUAUGUCACACCCUUAAUUUGAAGUCUCAUAGAGUUCCAAUAUCCUUAAUUUCUUUUUCACACCCUCCAUAAUAUCUUUCAUUUUUUUUUUUUUGCUUGUUGAAUAUUUUGAUUAGUAAUUAUGAAGAGAGAAAGAGAAACUGAUCAUAACACUAAUAGCAUAACCAUGGCUAAAUACUUGAUGUUACUUUCUGGUGGAAGUGAUAAAAUAUUUGAUCAAGUGAAUUACUCUUCAAAUUUCAACAACCGUGUGUUUGAGUGCAAGACAUGUAAAAGACAAUUUUCAUCGUUUCAAGCGUUGGGAGGACACCGAGCGAGUCACAAGAAACCGAGGUUGAUGGAGAUGACUAGUGAUGGUGAUGAUCAUCAUGGUUCAAUACUUACAUCAACGACGAAGGCUAAAACGCAUGCAUGUUCUAUUUGUGGAUUAGAAUUUGGAAUAGGACAAGCUUUGGGUGGUCACAUGAGAAGACACAGAAGAACAGAAUCAUCAAAAGCUAAUAACUCAAAUGGAAACAUGCAUAAUUUUAUGACUACUACAACUACUAGUAGCAGCAAUAGUGGUUGCAGUACAAUUGAUAAUAGUACUAAUACUGAUUCAGCAAAGAGGAGCAAGGGAAACAGCAAGAGAUUUUUGUUUCUGGAUUUGAAUUUUACACCUUUAGAGAAUGAUUUGAAGUUUUUAAAGGUUGGACAACCAACUCCUAAUUUGGUGGAUCGUUUCAAUUCAAUUCAUUAAUUUUAUAGUAAUAAACUUUUGGAAGGUCUAGUUAUAUAUUGUACCAUACAUACAUAGGUGGAUGAGUACAUUUUCGUCCCAUUUUGUAUUUUAAUUUAUUGUUUGUAAAUAAAUUGUUCUGUUCUUGGAUACAUAAUAAAUUCAUGUUAUCAUUAGUAUUAAUAAAACAUGUAAAAUUGUCUGAUUAUUUAUAAAUCAAUUUUUUCCUUGUUUCAA